UCAAUUAAUCCUUUCUUUGAUAAGUGAUAAUUGUUAGUUAUAAUUAUUGUACAUAUACUUUUGUAAAUCACAGAUGUUCAGAUCAAUUCUUCGUCAAUCUAGAGCCUUCAAUGGUACUACUACUAGAAAUUUAGCCACUGCUACUACUACUAGUGUAACUCCAAGAAUAAAGACUUUUAAAAUUUAUAGAUGGAAUCCAGAUACUCCUGAAGUUGAACCAAAAAUGCAAAGUUAUGAUAUUGAUUUAAAUCAUUGUGGUCCAAUGGUUUUAGAUGCUAUUUUAAAAAUCAAAAAUGAACAAGAUUCAACUUUAACAUUUAGAAGAUCAUGUCGUGAAGGGAUUUGUGGAUCUUGUGCUAUGAAUAUUGGAGGUAGAAAUACUUUAGCUUGUUUAUGUCGUAUAGAAACUGAUACUGCUAAAGAAACCAAGAUUUAUCCAUUACCUCAUAUGUUCGUGGUGAGAGAUUUAGUACCUGAUUUAACUCAUUUCUAUAAACAAUAUAAAUCAAUUCAACCAUAUUUACAAACUGAAAAUCAUCCUGCUGAUGGUAGAGAAAAUUUACAAAGUAUUGAAGAUAGAGCUAAAUUAGAUGGGUUAUAUGAAUGUAUUUUAUGUGCUUGUUGUUCAACUUCUUGUCCUUCAUAUUGGUGGAAUCAACAAGAAUAUUUGGGUCCAGCUGUUUUAAUGCAAGCUUAUAGAUGGUUAAUCGAUUCAAGAGAUCAAGCUUCAAGAGUUAGAAAAGAAAUGUUACAAAACUCUAUGUCAUUAUAUAGAUGUCAUACCAUUAUGAAUUGUGCUAGAACUUGUCCAAAAGGUUUAAAUCCUGGUAAAGCCAUUGCUGAAAUCAAAAAACAAUUAGCUUUUGAUUAAUUUUAAAGAUUAAACUGAUAUAAGUAAGAUUAUAAUAGAUUUAUUAUCUUACUUGUUAUUCUUUAAUGAUUCCUUUUUAGUUUAACAAAAAUAAAGAAUAAAAAAAAGAGACGAAAUGAAAGGAAAAUAACUUCACUACCUAUCUCACACAAUCGGCACCUAAGGCAAUAUUAUCAUAUAUGAAUGAAAGGUUUUCAUUCAUACACCACCACAUUAUACCAGUCAAUUAACCAUUCACUGAAUACUUUGCAUUUUUUAUUUCAAAUUGAAACUUCGAAAUAUGAUUAUUUCGAAAGUUACACUUUGAUUAACAACACAACUUUCUCCCCUUCCCAUCUUUAUGUUUAGUAUUAUAACUCUAAACCGUCUUUUUGUUUCCUUAAUUUUCCCUUUUAUUUGAUCUUUAUUUAUGAUUUUACUUUUAUUUAUUCACUUUUUAUAGUAUAUUUAUAUAAUACAAACACCCAUUUUGCAUUUAA